AAUUUUAUUUUCAAUUAAAAAAAUAAAAUUUAGGUCAAAUCAAUAAAUUUAGGUAAGGGCACGAUAAUGAGACAUCCAAUUCUUCACCUAAGUGGGAAGAAAUCAUCAAAUUAAUCGAUCCCUCUUCUUCCCGUUAGAAUUCCGUAUCCCAAAAUUUGCAUUUCAUACAUAUUGCUCCAUCAAAGCUUGGAUGGUAGUUUUCGUUGCAUAUCACUGAAACACAGUAGCGAUUGAUCCUCUGCAGUAAUUUACAAUGGCGCCCCCAAGACGGCGCAAGGUUUGCUUUGUAUAUCUCCAUAUACUCUAUCCGCAACGAUCAUAUGUGUAUAAUCUGCGCCGUUGUUUUCCACUGUUUGGAAUUUUGAUUUGCAAAUGUAAUUUUGGCAGGUGGGUUCGUUUCGCAUCGACGCUGCAUUGGCCGCCAUGCGCCCAAUGGGGUUCCCUGAUAGUGUUGUACGGAAACGCGUGAGAGAGCUGCUCAAGGUAUAUGGAAGUGGGGAUGAAGGAUGGUACUUUAUUGAGGAGUGUUCUUAUAAGCUCCUCAUUGAAACGCUUCUUGAUGAUGGGCAUGGGCUACCCGGAACUGAAUCUGCAGGAAAUCUGUUGACUGAUGGACCUGGUAACAGAGAAAUGAUUCCUCAGGAUGGGCUUGGAUUAUCUGAACCUGAAUCUGCAGGAGGUCUGUUGAUAGAUGGAGCUGAGAACAGAGAAACGAUUCCUGAGGAUGGGCAUUGGUUACCUGAACCUGAAUCUGCAGGUAAUCUACUAACAGAUGGAGCUGAUAGCAGUAAAGGGAAUGGUUUGGGUUCAAGCAGUGAACAACAAGAUUCUGAGGACCAAGGCGUUGGAGGAAACAGUUGUCUAACAGAGAUUAUGCACAAAACAACAGAGAAUCACUCUCAGGAUGUGGCUGAGGCUAAAUCAGAACUGGAACUUGCACCUAUUUCAGUUCCUACGCCUGUGAACCUUGUAGGUGAAGAGACAACUAACCCAGACCUGGAAUAUGCACCCAUUUCAGUCUUGCCCAUCGACCCUGUUACUGCAAAGAUAACUAGACCAGAACUGGACUUUGCACCUAUUUCAGUUCCUAUACCUAUUGACCAUGUUUCUGCAAAGAUUACUAAAUCAGAGCUGGACGCUGCACCUAUUUCAGUUACUUUGCCUGGGGGGCAUGUAGCUACCAAGACAAUGAAAUCAGAACCAGGCUUUGCGCCUUUUUCAGUUCCUAUGCCUACGCACCGUGUAGCUGCAAAGAGAAUCCGAAAGCCAUGUUUUGGAUGGAUCAGUGAUGAUGGCGACGAUGAUGACGAGUUUAUUUUAUUGCGUCCUGCUGCGGCUGGCACUAAUUUGAGCUGAUGUGUUUGUUCUACAGGUGGUGUACCUCUGCGUGUUGUCAAUAUUAGGAGCUAAUGUGAGUCUGAAGUGCUGAGUACAGGUGUUAGUUUAUUUAAGUUGGUAGUAGAAAAUCAUAAUGAGUUGCAUUAGCUUUAGUUUACCAUUUCAGCUGCAUCUGAGGAUCUAUUUACAGUUACUUAUUGCUAAUUCCUUGCCUUAGCCAUAUCCUUACUAAGUUGCUGUCAAAUUCUUGUUUAUAUAGACAGCUUCAGCUUCUUAUGGGUUAAGAUUUUUGUGCCAAUGCCUGUAAACUCAUUCUGAGUCCAUCAGGCAAUACGAGCCAAACGUGAUUGAUUAUCAAUCCAGGUAUCAGGGUUGUAGAAUACAGCUUUCCUGAUUGCAUAUAAGACAGUGAAGAAUAUCUCUGCAAUUGUUUUAGAGCCAAUUGCACUCGUUUGAAAUGGAGGUUGCAACUCUAUUUUUUUUAAAACAUAUAUAUAUAUAUAUAUAUAUAUA